AUGGAGAUCCAGCUGAACGCGGAACCGGAGGACGCGCCCGACGCGCCUUCGAGCGCCUCGCACGCCGUGUCCAUGUCCUCCCUCCUCUCUCACGACGUAGUGACACCUCGCGACGCGGUCAGCAGCCCGCCAGGUCUCUCAGACCUCAUGAACACAGCAGACGACGUCCAAAGUCCUGUUUCCGAGACCCACCCGGUCAAACUUCCCAGUCUUGAGACCCCCGAGCUCCAGACGUUGCAGACACAGCUCCACGCAGCACUCGAAAAGCUCUGGAGCGAGACUGGGCCCGUCUCUAAGCGUCAGAAGAAGAGCAAACAGAGUCGUCGAGCCAAAGCUGCGGCCGACCAUAGCGCCGACGUUUACAAUUCCCUGGACCAGCUACAACGGAUAAUAAACACACAAUUCGCUCGACGUAGCGUCCUUGAGGAGGUGGUGAAGUUCUCGCUGAGCUUCUGUGAGCUGCUGGACGAGAAAGAGUCCGUGCAGGGGCUCGUGGUACUGGGCCAUGAGAAGAAGACGGUGGAUCUGGACGAGACGCUGGCCAAACUACCGAGUAAACCGCUGUACGCCCAGCUGGUGGGCGCUAUCAGACGUGCCGUGCUCAGUGCUGGGGAUUUAAUAGGCAGGGAACUGCUAACUCAGGUGCUGGACUGGAGUCUUACGAGAUCUACACCUCAGUACUGGACGUGGGUGAUGGCGUCUAUUGCUCAGAUGAAUUCGUACUUUGUACAGGAAUUUUUAUUGCGCGAAGCUAUUGCCCGACACGAAGAUAUGACGGAAUUUAUCUCGGUGUUGGAGUUCUUGGCGACGAAGUACCCGGCUCAGACGACGGAUAUUCUGCGAGACGUGCUGGAAAGAUGCGUUUCUAGCGACCGAGGAGGAGCUUUGGAGACUGUGCAGCGUCUUGUGGCGAUAGCAAGUGACUCCGCUGUGCUUGUACAGGUCUGUGACGAGAACUUACAGUGGAUCGUCACGGAAGAGCUCGUUACGGCGCUUGCCAGUAAGUUUGGGGAUGCAGAAGCGAGUGGAAAUGGAGCGGCGAGUCGUCACGAAGGGCUGGAGGCGCUGCUACUUGAGUUCAUCCGCAGACGCAGCGCUGAGCUCUCGAACUCUGGCUUUCAGCUGCUUUUACUGCUCCAAAAGCUGUCUACCGCGCAGUUAUCGCCGCGUUUUGCAGCUUCUGUGGCUUCAUUCCAGCACCACCUGGUGGACUUCGCUGGAUCAGAGACGUCGUGUGCUUUUGUUAGGGGCAUCUACCGUUUCCUUCCGUUUAUUUGCCAGAACACACUUCGACUCCUGCGAGCGAUGCAUCCGGACGAAGACGACGACGACGUUAGCAUGACAGGCGAGCCAGAGAUGUCCAAGGAGACAGCAAGUCAACGCUUUGGCGAGUGGAAGCAGUGGCUCUGUGUGCUGGCCCAGUCGAUCUCUCGAAAAGAAGUGACGGAGCAGCUGAUCAAGGCCGAGCUGAUGCUGGCAGAGUUCGACGAGGUGCCGCUUGUGUACCCGCUCUCAGCUAUCCCAGACGCCGAUCGCUCACUGUGCGAACUGCUGACGUCAUUGCUGACUCCAGCGUCGCCCGAGUACGUGGCUUUUAUGCGCAGUAUCGUGCAGGAGAGCCAGUCCGCUGCCCCUCGAGCUCGACGACGCAUUCUCGGUGUCAUCCAGACGCUGUUGAGCUUGAACGACACGGAAGACGUGACCGAGAACGAGCUACCAGUCAACUUGACAGGAGAAGAAGAAGGCGGGUCGUGUAUGCAGCAGCUCGCUGCCGCUCCUAGUUGGAGCGCGCGUCUGGACUCGUUUGAGCUGUGGAAAGGGGUGCGAGGCGUGGAGUUCUGGGAGAGUUUUCUGGACCUGGCACGCUCCAAGGACUCGCUGGUUGCUACUCGCGCGCUGUUUCUUGUCUCUCGGACGCCGUUCUUGUCUCUCGAGGACCCACACUGGCAAUACCGCUGUAUCUACAAGCUCUCGAGUGUGUAUUUCUCGCUGUUGCGGCAAUUUCGAACAGAUCUCGUACGACAGGGGGAUAAAGACUCCAGUGAGCUGACGAUACCUGAGGAUUGCGCUCUACAGAGUCGUCUACACACCCUCAAGAUGGUCCUCUUCCGAAUACUAGCGCUGGAUGGUGGCGUGGCGCACUAUGCCUCCUCCGUCUACAGCAUCUUUGCGUCCUUGUGGCUGGACGCUCUGCUCAGCACCACAUCAGCCACCAGCAUCCCUACACAUUUCCCGAACGGCGUCAACUUUGGCGACGCAAGGGACGGAGAUGUGCUGGAUGAGCGUCAGAUUAUCCGCUCGGAGCGGACUAUUAGCUCCAAGUGCACCAAUCUGCAGUCCUCCCAAGUAAUUACGAAGGUUCCGGAAGCGAAACUGGUAUACCGGAAAACACUGGACUCCUCUUGGGAGCGGGAAAUGCACGCUGCUCGCCUGUGUAGCGUGUACGCGACUGAGAUUUUCUCUCAGCUUGUAGAAUCUACUGGAACGGCUGCUAGUCUGUUGGGUGACGCUGCCAAGACGACGUCGAAUACCGAGGAGGACGAGCAGCUGGAACGGCGGUUGAAGGUUUUAGUGGAUAUGCUAUUGGAGCGUGUGCUCCCGUGCUGUGGCAUCCCAAGUGACGACGUCUACAAGGACAUGCUGCCCAACCGAUCGAGUUUCGACGUGGAUCUACGUGUGGAACAGUGGUUAAACCACUUUCCGGCGUUUUUACCGCUACUUCGAACGGUAAUAUCGACUUCGACGGUACUAGGCUCGUCCCAGGUACUGCGACUUGUACCGGUAUUCAAGUCGGUAUUGGUUGUCUUGCUGGGGCACUGGAACAGCGUCAAAGGCGAGCUGAGUGUGGAGAACGUGAACGUGCCUCCGUACAUGCGCAACAGGAAUCAACUGGCGCUCACGUGCGAGUUGAUGCGGCUCCUACGAGCGACCAAUUGGCUGCCUGCGCCUCUGGCCAAGACAGCUGAGCUACUGCCACUGACUACACCCGCAGAUAUCCGCUCAAUUCUCUUUAGUUGCUGGUUCUAUCUGUCAGACCAUCCGCCACGCUCUGGAUCGCGUGCGCCCACACCCGCAACAUCCGCGACGGCGUCUCCGAUUUCGUCAGGAUCUUCUCCUGCUGGCUUCGGUAUUACCGGUUUGUCCACCGGUGGCUCCUCGUCCAGCUCCAGCAACCCGCCGCUUGAGUUCUACUUGAUUCCCCUGCGCAAGGCUCUGCACCGCAACAUCCGCAAAAUUGGAGCGAAGUAUCCGCUCUUCAUGUGCUGA